UGACCAUUGUCCCCAUUAUUGUGUUGCAGGGCCGAUAUACACCUUUGCAUUUAGCGUGUGAACGAGGCCAUGACAAGGUUGUGGAGCUCCUAAUUGAGAACCAGGCAGAUCUCAACGUGCUUACUGCGGAAGGAGACACACCCUUGCAUGUCGCGUGUUAUGAGGGUAAUUACAACGUUGUGGAGCUGCUCAUUAAGAAUCAGGCAGAUCUCAAGAUGAUUAAUGAGGUCGGAGCCACCCCUUUGCAUUCCGCUUGCACGCAGAGAAGAGAUCAUGCCUUCGGGAUCGAGCCCCUUGAUAAGCACUGGGUUGUGGAGCUGCUCAUCAAGAACGGCGCGGAUCUUCUGGCAACUACCGAGUUCGGACACACAGCUCUCCAUCUAGCUUGUGAAGGAGGUCAUGACAAGAGUGUGGAGGUGCUUAUCCAAAAUGGGGCUGAUGUCCUGGCGACUGACAAGACCGGGGACACACCUUUGCAUUUAGCAUGUCAGGAAGGCCAGGACAAGGUUGUGGAACUGCUCAUCAAGAACGGUGCUGAUUUUAGGGUGACUAACAAGGUCGGAAACUCACCUCUGCAUGCGGCAUGUGAAGGAGGUCAUGGCAAUGUUGUGGAUCUGCUCAUCAAGAAACAGGUCGACCUGCUGGUGAAAAAUGCAGGAGACAAACGCCCGAUUGAUCUUGCUGAUGGACUGGACGGACGUACAAGGUUAUUGCUCGAGACAGAAACACGGAAGCAGGCGGAGUACAGCGAGCUGGUCUCCUCCGUGGGGUCUGAGGAGGGGACAACAGUCAAACUGUUUCUCUGUGGAGACGGGCAGGUCGGGAAAACAUCUUUACGAGCGAUUCUGAAAAAGACAUUUUUCAUCAAUGGAGCUAUUUGGAACAUAAGGAUGAAGUUCAAGAAAAGGGACGUCUUUAACCCCACCCCAGGGGUGCAUGUAUCCAGUAAAACCGUGCGGGGAAUCGGGAGACUCAGUCUGCAUGACUUCGCAGGACAGGCGCAGUUCUACGUCACACACGCCAUGCUGCUCCGCACCACUAACGCCAUCUUCCCUGUCGUCUACAAAAUCACAGAUGGGGAGGAGGAACAGAAACGGCAGGCAAGAAAAUUUCCAGUAGUGACAAAUGAUUUACUUGAGUAAAGGUGGC